UGUAGCUCUAGCGCCUUUGUACGGAGGAUUGCGGCGCUGCUGUUUAAACACACACACAGGGGAGCCAGGCAGCUAACCAUGGUGAAUGUAAAGAAACGGAAAGGUCGGGUCGUGAUUGACUCUGACUCGGAAGAUAGUGCAAGCGAUGAUAAUUUGGAUCAGGAGCUGCUGUCUCUUGCCAAGAGAAAGCGUGUGGAUUCUGAUGAACAGGAAGAGCCUGUUAGUAAACCUGCCGCCUCCACAGACUCUGAGACAUCAGACAGCGAUGAUGAGUGGACUGUUGGAGGCACUAAAACCAAAAAGAAAGGGAAGCCUAGCAAAGGGCCUGAAAAGAAGAACACAGUCAAGAAAAGAAAGGGCAAGGCGGCUUCAUCCGGCAGCUCAAAUGGAGACAGUUCAGCAGAAAGCUCGGCUCCAGAGGAGGGUGAGGUGUCGGACUCUGACAGUAACAGCUCAUCCUCCAGCUCAGAUUCCGACUCGUCAUCAGAGGAUGAGGUUUUCCGCGACGGUUAUGGAGACGAUUUAAUGGGAGAUGAGGAGGACAGGGCCCGGUUGGAGCAGAUGACGGAAAAAGAAAGAGAACAGGAGCUGUUUAACCGUAUAGAGAAGCGAGAAGUUCUUAAGAGGAGGUUUGAAAUCAAGCAAAAGCUGAAAACGGCGAAGAAGAAGGAAAAGGAAGAAAAGAAAAAGAAACAGGAGGAGGAGCAAGAAAAGAGAAAACUGUCUCAGGUCCCUGACACUCAGGUGGUGAUGUCCCAUAACAAAGAGAGACGGAUCAAGAGAGACGAGAAGCUGGACAAGAAGUCACAGGCCAUGGAAGAGCUGAAAGCAGAAAGAGAGAAGAGGAAAAACAGAACCGCUGAGCUCCUUGCCAAAAGGCAGCCACUGAAGACAAGUGAGGUCUACUCUGAUGAUGAAGAGGAGGAGGAAGAUGAUGAUGACAAGUCUUCAGUAAAGAGUGACCGCAGCUCAAGGUCGUCAUCUUUUGAUGAAGAGGAGGAGAAAGAAGAGGCUCCGCCCAAGUCCCAGCCAGUGUCAUUACCAGAUGAGCUGAAUCGGAUCCGGCUGUCCCGGCACAAGCUGGAGCGCUGGUGUCACAUGCCAUUCUUUGCUAAAACUGUCACUGGUUGUUUUGUUCGAAUUGGCAUUGGAAACAGCAGCAGCAAGCCUGUUUAUCGGGUGGCUGAAAUAAUUGAUGUGGUGGAGACGGCUAAAGUUUAUCAGUUGGGGUCCACACGGACAAAUAAAGGCCUUCAGCUCCGACAUGGAAAUGACACGCGAGUCUUCAGACUUGAGUUUGUGUCCAAUCAGGAGUUCACUGAAAACGAAUUCAUGAAAUGGAAAGAGGCGAUGAUUUCAGCAGGAAUGCAGUUUCCUACUCUGGAUGAGAUCGCCAAAAAAGAGCAGUCCAUCAAGGAGGCGGUCAACUACAAAUUCAAUGACAAAGACAUUGAGGAUAUUGUCAAAGAAAAAGACAGAUUCCGAAAGGCUCCACCAAACUACGCCAUGAAGAAAACGCAACUUCUCAAAGAGAAGGCCAUGGCUGAGGAGAGUGGUGAUGGAGAGAAGGUAAAAGUACUGCAAGGUCAGUUGAAUGAGCUGGAGGAGAGGGCAGAAGCACUUGACCGACAGAGAACCAAAAAUAUCUCUGCCAUCAGCUAUAUCAACCAGAGGAAUAGGAGUUGGAACAUUGUGGAGUCUGAGAAGGCACUGGUGGCAGAGGGUCAGAACUCGAAGAACCAGCAGAUGGAUCCAUUCACCAGACGGCAGUGUAAACCAACUAUGGUGUCCAAUGCGAGAGAUCCCUCAGUCCAUGCUGCGAUUUUGGCUCAUCUCAACCAGAAGUAUGGUUCCGGCUCAGGCCAAGACAACAGCCAGCAGGCUAAUAAACAGGGCCUGCCUAGCCAGAAAGACAGAGAUGUUACCAAGCCAACCAGUGACCUCUCAGAGGACCUUUUUAAAGUUCAUGACUUUGAUGUCAAAAUUGACCUGCAGGUUCCUAAUGCUGAAGCGAAGUCUUUGGCGGUGAGUUCGAAUGCAUUACCUGUUAAAGAUGGGGCACCGCGCCGAUCUCUCAACCUGGAGGACUACAAAAAGAGACGAGGACUCAUCUGACCUACGUUUUUUAUCCUCUCCUGCAUGAUUGGACACCUGUGCCGGAGGUCAACAGCUGCGGCCACCCCUGUGUGUGUGUUUGGGAAAGUGUGUGUGAGAGAGAGUGUAUGAUAAAGAGAAGGAAUAAGUGCAUACCUUUAAGACUGAGCGUGUCUGAGACUGUAUGUGUGUGUGUUUCACCUGUUUGUAAGAGGAAAUAUUGAUGAAUAAUGAUGACUUUCAGGUCUUUUCCUGCAAAGGGUCACUUUUUGAGAGAUGGAAAGUCCUGUGCGUUAUUUACGGCGUGUGCAGACGUGAGAACAGAAAUGCAUUACCUCUGAUUCUCCUUUUCGUACCAGUGUAUUCAGCAUAUUUUGUCCCUCUCAGAAACGACCCUUUUAUAUCCAAGCUUGUGAAUGACUAUCUCAAAAGGACACUAUUAAAAAAAGACAACACAAAUCUUGUUUUUUUUGGAAAGUUGUAAUUUGUUGUCAAUAAUGUGAUUGGGUCUGCCCCGCUCCCUUGUUCCUCCUGAAAACGCUCUGAAGUUUUUAAACAAACAUUUUCUUUUCUCCCCCAACAUGCACCCCCCCCCCCCCCCAACUCAUAUGUAAUGGGUUGCUAGGACAGUCCUGCUUAACUCGAGGAGCCGACCAAUCAGAGAGGGAGUCUGCAAUGACAUCACACUCCCUUAAUAUAAACGUUUGUUUCAUGUAAGACAAUGAUCAAAUAAACAUGUCUGCCAUAGACAAGAAAACUUUGAGAAUUGAUGUAUCUUUUUGUUUUUUACUGCUCUUUUUUUUCCUUACAUAUCCCUCUGUGUCCCUCAGAGCUGAUGUAAGUGUUAAUGAUCAUUAAUUAUUGAUGAAGUCUUUUAGUCAGUUCUCGUAUCGUUGUGGCAUGCCUUGUAAAUAAGCGAUCUUGAGUGAGUGCGACUGAAUAAAGGAGCAACUGUUUCAUAA